GCUUCAUUCCUGCAUGUUAAUUGCUGUGUGUACAGUUAAGGGACCCAAAAAAACACCACUUUUAAGGAGAUUAAUGAAAUGCACAGGGAUCAAGGGAACUCUCGCCGAACAGUUCAACUCUUUCAUCAGUGCGGAAGAACGUUUUUGUACAUUAAACGCUGGGUACGAGAAACAGGCUGAAGACCAACGUCCUCCAAAUCACAUCGCUCUGCUCCUUUUAUGUGAUGUCAGCAUAUACCCCGGGAUGCUGGCGUACACUAUGUAAAGGGCGUAAACAUCAUCUGGUGGGGAAAAUCACUCUUCGGGAUGACACCAAAUAAAAAGGAAUACAUGUAUCAUUUGUCUUAACUUAUGGAUCGAUUAUUAUGCGAGGGGAGACCCGGCAGAGCGCGCGGAGAGACGCGCGCGCAGCGGAGCGCACCGAUUAGAGAGAGGCGCGCAGAGACGCUCGGCUCGAAAGCAGAGACCCCCCGGCUCCUCCAGGAAGCGAUGGCGUUGCAGCAGGGCCCCAGGGAUCCCAGCGCGCUCCUGGUAUCAGUGCUCCUGCUGAGCAUCAUCGAAGGAACGCGCGGCCACUCCUCGAAACAGUCCGACUCGCUCUGCGUGUUCCAGGAGAAGAAGUACAAAAUGGGAGAGCGCUGGCACCCCUACCUGGAGCCCUACGGAUACGUGUACUGCAUCAGCUGCCUCUGCUCGAAUGGUGGCAAUGUGCUGUGCAGCCGAACAAAGUGCCCCCCUCUGCCGUGCGCCAACCCUGUGCCGGUGCCCCAUCAGUGCUGUCACCGUUGCCCAGAGGCGUCACCUUCGCCCCAGGUGGCCCGGUCUGCGGGGAAACCCUGUGAGUACGGUGGAACUCAGUACCAACACGGUGACGUGUUCGUAGCCGAGGGACUGUUUCCCGGUCGCCAGGCCAACCAGUGUUCCCAGUGCAGCUGCUCCGAAGGGAAUGUGUACUGCCGGCUACGCACCUGUCCCAAGCUCACCUGUCCCUUCCCCGCGUCCACCCCAGACUCUUGCUGCCAUGUGUGUAAAGGAUUAGGUGAUGGCGAUGUAUCCUGGGACCAGGCUGAAGGGGAGAGCUCGCGGCAACCAGCGAACAGAGAGGCGAGGCACUCGUACCAGCGCACGCAGUAUGAGCUGCUGCCUGCCCGCGCCCUGGCCGGCCUGCCCCGCCUGUCCAGCUUGCGCGCCCACCGACGCCUCCUGACCGACCAGGUCCAGGCAGCAGGCACCACGGUGCAGAUCCUCAUCGACAAGCGUGAUCAGCACAGCCAGGUGUGCGUAGCCAAUGGGAAAACCUACUCCCAUGGCGAGUCCUGGCACCCCAUCCUGCGCGCUUUUGGGGUCAUGGAGUGCGUGCUGUGCACCUGCAAUGUUACACGGCAGGAGUGCAGGAAGAUCCACUGCCCUGACCGGUACCCCUGCAAGUACCCACAGAAGAUAGACGGCAAGUGCUGCAAGGUCUGUCAAGCAGCAGAGGAGCUGACCCUGAAGGACGAGGACAGCGGGGAGUACUUUUGCGGCGAGGAGACGUGGCCCGUGUACGAGGCCCUGCUCUCUGGAGAAGAGGGCAGCAUCAGGACCAUCGCCCUGGAGACGGAGGAGCCCGCGGAGGCUGAGCUUCACAUCUGGACCAUCGUCAAAGGUGUUCUGAGAAAUUUCCAGAUAGAGAAGAUGUCCAAAAAGGACUUCCACAAGAAGAGUGACUUUAAACCAUUAACAAGGACAACGCAGAGUCGAUGGAAGAUCUUCCGUGAGGGUGAGACCCAGAUCAGUCAGAUGUGCGCCAACCAGACCUGCCGCACAGAACUGGAGGACCUCGUGCGAGUUCUGUUCCUGGACAAGCCGGAGAAGAGCCACUGCUGAAAAAGAGCCGAGCGAAAGGGAGGGAGCGGCGCCGACUCUCCGCCGGAUCCGUCGCAGGCGUGGAUGCAGACUGACACGACCUGUCGUCUUUCCUUUACAGUCAGAUCAGCAGAUAAAGCCCCGCAAAUCGUCCUGCAGCGUGCAGAAUUGUCUCAGAAAGGGAUUUGUUUGCCUAAAAGACACAAUUUUACUUAAUUUGUUAAUAUGCAACAGCAGCUAAUCCCUCAGACGGGGGUCAGCCAUCAUCAGACAGCUCGUUGUUUAAUUCACUUCAGAUUUCUUUCUAUAUUUGUCACGCAGGACUUUUCCUUAACCAGCUUUCAACAUGUGAGCCAUGCUGCUUCAUAAUCCAAGGUAAAAAAAAAAAAAAAGUUUUUGGGCUCUGAACCAUAGUGUGAUCUGAACUUCUUUACCACGGUUGUUUGAAUCAGUGCUCUGUGAUUGAUUUGGUGCGAGGUACAAGCAAACUGUAUACACUGUCAAGUAGUGGCAAUAUAUCAUUUUUCAUUUAUCUUGAUUUUUUUUCAUGCCGUUUCCGAAUAAGUGGUCCGUGUCAUAAUUAGAUGUUCUUUAUUUAUUAGAGGUUUGUCAGUGUGUCUACGAAACUGAGACGUCCUGGAACAUUUUUAACAAAAGGCGAAGAAAUAUAGUAAUAUAUUUUGUUUCACUUUACUCAUUUAUUUACUGAUCAUUUAGAUUUGGCUCUCGUGUUUUUGUUAAUGUUUAUGGUUUCUCGUAUUAAAUGCAAAUAGUAAAGUAAUAGCUAUUUGUAACUGAAAAAAUGAUAACCUAUUACAUUGAAAAAAAAGGAAAGACCAACUUAAGAGCAUAAUCAAGAUUUUUAAAAAAUUUAUAAAGAUAGCCUGUUUUCUCAGUGUGUAAUACAUUGUGUCAUUCUGUUGGUUUUAUGGACUAAUACACACGCGUUGUCAGAAACCACUCGUCCCAAGCGGGGUCACGGUGAACCGGAGCCUAACCCGGCAACAUAGGGCGCAA